GAGGAGAACAGUUAUUUGAUUUUCUUGAGCUGCAUGUAAAUUGGAACAAGGACUGUAGUCAGAAAGUCGAAUUUUGAGCAUACCUCAAUUAAGGUCUGCAUGUUAACGCACUGAAUACAGUGUGUUUACAUGUUUAAAUAUAUUGAACGAAAAACAAAAUGAUUUCUGUUAUACAUAUGUCCUAGCCCAUUUACUAAAAAGACAAGAAACGUGUCAAACUACAAACAUAGUUGAAUCAACACCUCUCUCAACUAGUACUUAAUAUCACAACCAUCAUGAAGGUCUAGUCCAGAACUUUUAUAAUGGAUUGCAUUUGUUUUAAGUGGUGUAUCCAUUAAACUGACAAGUGAGUGUUCAUCAUUAUCAACAUAAUCAACAUAAUAUACAGUGUAUCUCGGUCCACUCCAUAUUUCUAUCCACUUAAUGUCAGGUUCCAAAUCCUCAUUGCAUAUUCAACAUAUUUUUUAGCUUUUUUUUAAUAUCACCAACAUAAAAAAAAAUAAAAGAUGUAAUUUAAAAUACAUUGUUUACAUUCUUAUAAACACACUGUAACCUAAUCUAAUGUCAUUGCUGACCAGCGCUAGCAGCAUUGUUCAUUCUGAGAGGUUUGAAAUGCCACUGGUAAUUUUGUUAAAAAUUAAUGUACACUGCCACAGCUUUUCUGCAUUUCCUUUCUGCAGAAACACAGGUGCUCCGCAGUGCGAGUGUGUUUCUGGGUGGUUCAGGCAGAUGUGUUUUAGCUAAUACAGUCUAAGAGCAGCUGGACAGGGCAGGGCUAAUAGUCCAAUGACAUCAUCUAGAGAGAAAGAGAGAGGGAGAGAGAGAGAGUGAGAGAGAGAGAUAGAGCUUGCCUAGGGCAGUGAAAGGAAGCAGGACAGCACAGACAGAGAGCAGAGCGGCAUGAGAGUGGGACAGCGCGCGUAUGUGAAUGGGAGAGGACCAGGCAGCAUUCAGUUGACUUUGACAAGGAUAUAGGACCCGGACGAUUUUCUCUCCAGUUUUCUCUUCCACUUCCAUUACACCUUUCCCCCUCCCCUUCCCCCUUUCCCCUCUCCCCUGCAUCCUGUGGCAGUUAUCCCCCCUCUCAGCUCCUGCUUCAGGCGGCUCCUCCGGGCAUGCUCCUUAAGCCAAAGUAUGGCCGCUUUCGCAAUGAGUCUGUGACCUCUUCUGAUGACCUGAUGCAGAGCUUAGCCAUGACCGGCAAAGUUGUGGCCACAUCAGUGGUCCCCUCCUCCACCCCGAGCCUUCCUCUGCCUCCUUUGCCUCCUCUGGAUCCCAGUGCCAGGUCCUCCUCCUCUGGCGGGGCAGCUGCCCUGGCUGACUCCCCUUGUUUGGAUGGGGAGCAGGAUGGCACCACAACCUUCUGCAUGCUCAUCCCAAAGAUGCCUCAGUGGAAAUUCUCCAACUCUCUGCUCAGCCGGAGCCCGUCCAACUCCAGCUCCAACUCCAGCUCCAGCAAGGACUCGGGCAAGGCAGCACCAGCUCCUUCCCAGGCCUCCGUCUCCUCUUCUUCAUCAUCACACAGGCCCAGUAGUGCAACCUCAGCCAGUGGCCCAGUGGCCAGCCUAGCAGCAGUGCUUAACUCCUGUGACCCUGUGUGUGUCACCCCGUGUUCCCUGCAGGCUAUUCGGGGACAAAGAGCAGUAGCAGCGGCAAAUUCUUCCAGUUCAGGGCUGCACGGAUUUGGGGCCACAGAGGUCAUGAUGAGCCCUGGUGGUUCCAGCAGCUCCAGAUCAGGAAUGAACCGCAGAACAAGAGGUGAAGGCAUGUGGCUGGGGGGAGAGGACUUCAACCAGAAGGGCAGCUUCAUCCACAAACCCUCUCAAGGCUGGCUGCACCCUGACAAGAAGAUUGCAGGACAAGGUGCCUCUUACAUAGUCAGGUACAUGGGCUGCAUUGAGGUGUUGAAGUCGAUGCGCUCCCUCGACUUCAACACACGGACUCAGGUGACGAGGGAAGCCAUCAACAGGCUGUGUGAAGCUGUGCCAGGUGGAAAGGGGGCUUGGAGGAAGAAGGCCCUGAACAAAGCCCUGCAGUCGAUUAUGGGGAAGAGUAACCUGCGAUUUGCAGGCAUGAGCAUCGCGGUCAAUAUUUCCAUAGAUGGCCUUGGUCUGCUCAUCCCUACCACAAGACAGGUUAUAGCCCACCACCCUAUGCAGUCCAUCUCAUUUGCCUCUGGGGGAGACACUGACACACCUGAUUACGUUGCGUAUGUGGCCAAAGACCCAGUGAAUCAAAGAGCAUGUCAUAUCCUGGAGUGCUCAGACGGUUUAGCCCAGAGUGUCAUCAGUACGAUCGGCCAAGCCUUCGAGCUGCAGUUCAAACAGUAUCUACACAGUCCUCCUAAAACCAUGGCAUCUGUGGAGAGGUCUGUGAGGACAGAAGAGCCCAUGUGGGGAGAGGAUGAGGACUUCUCUGAACAUGAUUACUACAACAGUAUCCCAGGGAAGGAGCCUCCUGUCGGGGGAGUGGUGGACUCCAGACUCAGGCAGAGUGGAGCCCUCCUCGGCCACAUUCAUACCCAGCCACAAAGCAAGACAUCAGCUCAGCAGACAGGCUCACCAGCAAGAAGGGAGCAAGCAUCUUACCCCCCUGGACAGCUGUGCUAUGAGCUCCACUGGGACACAGAGGCGCCCUGCGGCUCAGGCCUGACAUCAGAUGGUUACCUGUGUGCUGACGGUCAGCCACCAGGCAGCAGGGACUACGAGGAGCAUCAGUAUGUUAACACACAGAGUCUGGAGAACCUGGAUUCACUCACACAAGGUCCCGAUGGACACAGAGGGACCAGGGCACCUGAUAGUCCCAAAAAGGACCUCUUUGACAUGAGGCCCUUUGAGGAUGCCCUGAAGCUCCAUGAGGCCUGUGGUGGAGCUGGUGGGUCCAGCAUAUCUGGUGGCUCCGGUACUCAGGUUGGUGGAGGAGGUGUUCGAGUGUUAGAGGACCAGUGGCCCAGCCCUCCACGACGCAGAGCUCCAGUGGCGCCAAAUGAGGAGCAGCUCCGUAGGGAAACCUGGUAUCACAGCCGUAUGAGCCGACGAGACGCAGAGAAACUCCUGGUCCGAGAUGGAGAUUUCCUCGUCCGAGAGAGCACCACUAACCCCGGGCAGUAUGUGCUAACAGGCAUGCACUGUGGCCUGCCCAAACACUUACUGCUAGUGGACCCUGAGGGAGUGGUCCGGACCAAAGACAUGUUAUUUGAGAGCAUAAGCCACCUCAUCUCAUACCACCUGAAGAAUGAGCUGCCAAUUGUGGCAGCAGAGAGUGAGCUCCACCUCAAACAGGUAGUCAGGAGGAAACAGUGAGUCACCCGGCCCGGCAUGGGAAGAGCCAAAAUCACAUGUGCCCAUGCAAACCAAAUUAAAAGAUUAUUCCGAAAUCAUUUUUUUCUGAGAGGAUGGUUCAUCUGGAGGAGAGAAUAUCGUUGACUCUUUCUUUCCACUGACACUUCUUCUGAGGAGAGUGAAGCAUCUGACACCACCUUGUACUAUCUCAGCCUGUUGGCUUCUUGGAUAAAACCAAAACAUCCCUCAUCUGUCACAAACUCCUCAGCAUUCAGCUAUUAAGCUAAUAAAGCAACCAGAAUGCACGGUUUGUCCUGUUCUAGAGCUGGAUAACCACCAAGCAAGAUCAAAAAAUGUAACUGACAAGUGUUUGGAGAGGACCCGACCUCAGGAAAUCACAAAAGGAUUUGAUGCACAGUCAAGACAUGUCCUACAAAGCCUGUAACAGUAAAGUGCUUCCAGUAAUGAGUGACUUGCACAACCAGUCAGUCACCAGGUCCUUCAUCCAACGAGUAACGGACAUCACAGAACAAAAACUGAUUUUCUGGUGAACAAAUAAAAACAAAAGAGAUGUCAGCUUCCACAUUGAUUGCAGCAAACUGCAAGAAACAAGAGAGCAAAAAAAAAUAAGAAAUCCAUGUCUCACUGGACUAUAAAGACUGCUGUUACAUGUUCACAGGUCUGCAUAUCUGAGAAGGCACAAAGGAUGCACCCUGAACACAAGUCAGUGCUGGAUUUCUAAGUCAUCUUCUAUGUGAUAUUGUGAGCGUCACCUUUUUUCCAUUUGAAAAUAAAUCAUACAGGCACACUAUAUCUUCAUGUAGACAGUCGUACAUUACAUACAUUGUCUUGAACGUGAUCACAUUUACCAUAGAUAUCGGUGGUUUGUGUUGUGUUUGUAAGGGCUGUUUAUAAUUUGGUGAAAUUAUGUGUUGUAUAAGCCUGUGAACAUUACUGGUCAGACUGUACUCUGGUGAAUAAGACACCUCCUCUGCAUUCAAACUCAGUAUAUCCAUGCCUGUUUCCCUCUAGCCCCUCAAACUUCAGUGCCUUAAUAAACUACACUGACAGGCGUUUGUGUCAGAGUGUAUAUAAUGUGCAUUUAUGCUCCUAUUGCAAAAGACUAGUUUUCUUGCUAUGCCAAUGAAUAAAUGAACAAACUUCAGGAUGAUUAAGCUCUUAUACUUGUGAACAGUAUCGUAAGCUGCUCUUGUUUUGGGGUGAAUGCUGAUUAGUGAGGUUUUAUAGAGUUCUUGAUUGUCUUUAUGUGUGUCCAUCAGAAGAAUCCCCUCAAAGAUUGUCUUUAUCUCAUAAGCCAUAGUUAGUACCCCUGUACAGUGAUUGAUAUACAAGAGGGGAUUUAGACUUGAAAAUAAAUCCUUUAUUUGUCCCGGCUCAGGGAAAUGCAUCACAUUAUUGAUUGUCCUUAUCCUUCAUCAACGUUUAUACAUUUCAAGUGUGUUUAUCCUCCCAUUUUUUUUUGCCCACUGUAAAAUUGUAGAGCUUUAACCCUUGCCCCUUUGGUUGUACGCUGUUUGCAUUUGUCUUCUGCAACAUAUCUCUAAUCUGGCCCUUGACUGUUCUUAGCAUCAGCCUCACAAAUGCACAGAUAUAUGAGGUAAACUGCUUUCAGUGAGAUCCAAAUAAUAAGGGUAUUAUUUGUGUGUAUUCUUUUAACAUCCCCCCCUUUGCUUUCUCAGGAAUUUCUUGAAUCUUCUCUGAUUAACUGUAAUGGCUUUUUGUCAAUAAAAUUGAUUAAAAAUA